ACGGGCUCAAACCCGAAUGAGAUCUCCAGGACAGUGACUCGGCUCAUCACCCAUCCCAGCUAUAGCACAACUACCCAAAACAAUGACAUAGCACUGCUGCAGCUCUCCUCUUCUGUGACGUUCACUGAUUAUAUUAGGCCAGUUUGUCUGGCGGCCGCUGGUAGUGUAUUUGGUGGAGGUACUAAGAGUUGGAUCACUGGAUGGGGCAAACUCAAAUUUGCAGACACCCAGAUUCCAAACAUACUGCAGGAGGUGCAGAUACCAAUUGUAAACAACAGUGUUUGUAAUAAGGCCUACGGAGGAAUCAUUACAAGCAACAUGCUGUGCGCUGGACUAGAUGAGGGUGGAAAAGAUUCAUGUCAGGGAGACUCUGGAGGUCCAAUGGCAAAUAAGAACAAUUCCCAGUGGAUUCAGUCUGGCAUUGUGAGUUUUGGGCGAGACUGUGGAAUACCCAAGUUCCCUGGUGUUUAUACCAGAGUGUCUCAAUACCAGUCUUGGAUCAGCUCUCCAAUAAGCAGCGAUCUACCAGGAUUUGUCUCAUUCACCUCCACUGAAUCAAGCUCAGGCUCA